AUGGGCACGACGAACAACUUGAAGGAGGUGCACAGCGCAAGCGGAGCGGGCUACAUAAACAAGCACCAAGUGGAGAAGCAUGGCAGCGUUCCCAGUCUGGAGGGAACCAAAAGGGAGUACCUCCCAAUUGGCAACCCUAACAUGGAGGUGUUUCAUUCGCUGAACUUUCAAAAUGAUAUGUACAUGGGUCCAGGGGAGGGGGACGCGCUCGGGGGACUCGGUAUGGUGAAGGAGAGGGUGGUCUUUCGUUCCGGCGCGGGGGUGGACCCCCCUACGGGCGAACUUCCCCUUACGAAUGGUAGCAGCAGUGGAAACCUCUAUGACAGCCGCGACGGGGACCCCCCGCACACGGUAGACGCCCUCUUCAGUGCCAACAAAUAUAAAGUUAAAAAAAUCAAAGAGACGCACAGCAUCAGCUCGGACUACAAGCAGAAGAAAAACUUAACGAGCAUCCUUCCGUUUGAAAAAAUUAUGGAAGAAUACGAAAUACAGAGUUUGUACCCCCAAAGCAAAGUGAAAGAUUUGUAUAAUCACCAGAAUGUGUAUGAGGAGAAGGGGAGGCACAAUUUGACGUCGCUCAGUGGGCACCUUGCUAACGGUACGAUGAGAAAGGAGCUCAGCGUGGAAUCUUCAGAGGGGACUUCUCCCUAUUUGUCUAAAGGGAGUACUUUAAUGUACGGUGCGCAGUACACCUGCGGGGCGAGUGUCGACUCGAGUAGUUUUGGCGGUGUGAACAGGGCAGAGGAGAGGCACACCUCGGCGGGAAGCUGCGGGCAGACCGGUCCACUUGGCCACGCGGCAAGCGGGAUGAGCCACGCAGCAAACAUGAUGGGCCAGGGCGCGCCCCUCCAAGUGGAGCCCAACAAACAGGUCCAAAAUGCGAAAGCAAAGGAGACGGAGGAAGCCAACGCGGAGGCCCUCCCUCACGACAACUGUGAACAGACGGAGCAGUGCACCCAAAACAACCUACUCGAAAUGUACGACUAUAAGCAAAACAAAAAAGUUAUUUACUACGCGGUGAAGAAUCACUACGACCCCACCAAGGAGAUGCUCAAAAAGGAGAGGGAAAAGGGAAAGGGGAACUACCCACCGGGUCGAAACCAGGUGUACCAAAGUGACAUAUACGAUUACUUGCUGCACCAUUAUGAAAAAAAUUACAAACACAUUUUUGGCAGUAGAUGUACAGAUCAGGCAGCUUUUAAGGGAGAGCCGAAAGAGUUCCUAGCGAGAGAGGCAAACCCACAUGGGGGCUCAGCUGAUGGAAACAAGGGUGGAGACACCAAUGGGACUUACAUCGCAGGGGGGGUACUUAACACGAACGAUUAUCAUAACGGUGGUGAUGUGGGUAACUCGAAAGGGAGAAGUGGGAAUGCCACUCAGCGUAGCGGUGGAGAGGGAAAUCAAGGCAACGUAGUGGAAGGGGCAAUGGCGGAUGGACCUAGGGGAACCCACCUUUAUCCUAAGAGCAGCUACAGUCGCGGGGUGAACGACGUGAACGACGUGGAGGAGGUGACGCCCCUAAAUGGAAGGGAAGGCAACGCCUACCAGACCAGCGCCGAAAUCUCCAACCUGUGUGAUGAGGACGCCAUGGAUUUGUAUAAACACAUCGGCGAGGUGUACACCCCGAGGCCGAAGCUGUUUGUGUAUGCUGUGAAGGAUGACGCGGAGGGGGAAAGGCGGCCCAUGGAGGGAAGUCCCAUGGAGGGAAGUCCCAUCGAGGGAAGCCCCAUCGAGGGAAGCCCCAUCGAGGGAAGCCCCAUCGAGGGAAGCCCCAUCGAUGAGGUUCCGCCCAGAGGGGACACCCCCCCAGGUGAUUUUCCCCUCCAAAUAAAUAAAGAAAUGAAGAAAAUAUUCAAACGGAUGGAGCAUAAAAACACAGUCGUGAUAAGCAACGUGGGGGUGAAGACAGGGUCGUCCACCUUCUCCAACCACAUCUUAAACAGCGGCCAGGAGCGGGGCUUCCCCGGAGGAGCGGCCGGCCAGAGCAACUGCGUCUACGCCCACGUGAUGGCUAGCCCGAACAAGGUAAGCUACGUUUAUUUGGACUUCGACAAGUUGGCGCUCGGGGGGGGGAGAGGCAAGGGGGGGGGUGAUAGAAGGAAGAGCGGCGAUGGAAUGAGAGGCGGCGAUAGAGCGAAAGGCGGUGAUAGAACGAAAGGCGGUGAUAGAACGAAAGGCGGCGAUAGAGAGAAAAGCGGCGAUGACAGAGUCAAACGGGGCGAUGGAACCAAACGGGGCCUUAGCGCCAAACUCAGCGGCAGAAGCGGGAGCGCCGGGCGGGGCAGCCGCGCGGACGGGGACCCCCCCGGCGAGGUGAACAAACUGGUGGCCCUUUCGUUUUACCUCUCAAACAUCGUCAUCUUUCACAUCAACAGCGAGAGCUGCUCGAAGGCGUUCGGCCUGCUGGCGCAGUACUACGACGUGGUGAGGCACAUUCGGGAGCGCGCGCAGCGGGGGGGAAAGGGCGGUAGCAAGGGCAGUAGCAAAGGUGGAAGCCACGGCCAAGGCGGCGCAUCUCCUGGAGAUCCCCCCCAGUCGGGUAGCGAGGGGGAGAAGUUUGGUGAGGACAACUACGAAGGAGGCAACUUCGAGCGAGACAACUUCGAAGGAGACAACCUCGAGGAGGACAGCUUCCAGGAGGACCACCUCACCCCCCCGCACUUCCUGUUCGUGCUGCGGGACGCAACCCUGGGGAGGGAACCCGGGGCGGCGGAGCCGAAGAGAGUGCCCCCGAAGAUGCCGCGAAGUAGCCCCGCUAACCCCCUCCCCACGGGAGACGAACCAAGCACACGAGCGCAGCAACUGCUGGAGGAGCUAAUCGAAGGAGUGAAAAACCCAGUGGUGCAGAAAAAGGUAAAAUAUUUUCUAAAUUUUUUGGAGAAAAAAAGUCUCUUCCAUUUACCCCCCCCGAAAGAGAAGAACAAAGAGGAAUACGCAAGACAGAUGAAGAAAAUCAAAAAGGAAAUUUUUAUAAAUGGAAAAAAUGUAGAAAACAUGUACAGCAAUGGAGGGACAUACGUGUAUAAAUACCUGAACAUGUUAAGGUACACCAUCAAUAGGAACAUUUUCUACAGUCCAAAUUAUUUGAAAAAAAAAAUGGAAAGUUGCGAGUGCAAAACGCUGUACAAAGUCUUGACGGAUAAUUUCCUCCUGCAUGUCAGACGAAAAAUAGAAAAUAAACUCCCCAUGAAACCGAACCUAUUCCUAACCCUAAUAAACGACAUAAAAAUCGAAUUUGUGCUUAGCUUUGAGAGUCUCUGCAUAGGGAAUUCCACCCUCAAGAGGAAAUAUAAAAACCAGCUCUGCCACAACAUCGACGUGAUUGUAUUGAAAGCGUACAAAGAAAAUAUUGCCUUCAGCUGCUUCACCUUCUUCAACAUAAUAGAAAAAAAAAUUAGCAAAUUGCAAAUUUAUAAUAAAAUUAACAAAAGGCAAUACGAUCACUUUGAGCAACUGAGAAGCGAUAUGGAAAAUAUAAAUGAUGGAUCCAUAGACAAUCUUAUAUACAACGAAAUUCUUAGCAUAAAAAAGGAGGAAAUAUUUACCCAUUUUAUUAAGACGUAUUAUAGCGGGUUCGCUUCAAAGAGGGGCUCUUCCUUCCCUCGCGUUGAGGAGGAUAGUGAGGGGGAGACUACACAUGCUUAUCGGGCUGGAGGAUACACCAAGGCGAUGAAGAGGGGCAACUCCAACUCCGACUCGACUGUAGACCCGGGCCAGGGAAGCAGCCGGCGAAGCGUCAGUCAGCGAAGUGUCAGUCAGCGAAGCGUCAACCAGCGAAGCGUCAACCAGCGAAGCGUCAGUGGGCUGCUUAGCGUCAAUGGGCUGCUCAACAGCGGGCUGGACAUCUCGCGAAUGCAUACCAGCGCAUCCUCCACUUUGCUGCGCCGGGGAAGCCGCCGCCACAGCGAGAAGGCAGCCCCCAGGGGAGGGAGCGACUCCUCCAGUGGUUAUCACUCCCCCAUUUGUGGUGCAGCCAAGGAGCUAAAGGGGAAUAAAUACAAAUCGGCUGAACAUUCACUUAGGGGAAAGGACUCCUCACACGAAGUCUCAGACGGGAGUCACCACCAGAAAGGAGGUUCAAAGGAUACCACCGAUGAUAAGCGGAGGAAACACUACACAGAGGACGAAGCGAAGGGGAAGAAACCCCCCAGGAAGUCUCUCCACAAAUUCAAGUCCGACGUAGCAUUGCAAAACGAGCGACGGGUAAAAGUUACCCAAGAGCUCCAACUGGAGGAGGGUAACAUCUCAAAGAAGUGCCACAGUGUUGAUUAUAGGAAGGCACUUCCGGGGCACGUUCACCAAAAGGGGAGGAGCGAAUCGAACUCGGGAGAGGCGUCUCCCCAAGCAGAAGUGUCUUCCAAGCUGGAGGUCUCUCCCCAACUGGAGGCUUCUCCCCCAAUGGAGGCGUCUCCCCAACUGCAACCGAACGAAUUGAGAAGCAGGAAGAGCAACGCCAAAAAGAAGAUAAGCUUCACCGAGGAGAGCGCGCCCAGCGCGAGUCGAAGCGAGCCGAGGGCCGAAAUGGGCGAACACGGCAAGGGAAGCGACUACGGAAAGGGAAGCGGUAACGGAAAGGGAAGCGGUAACGGAAAGGGAAGCGGUAACGGAAAGGGAAGCGGUAACGGUAACGGAAGCGACUACGGAAGGGACUAUUCACACGACAGCGUACACGAUAGCGAGAGCAACAUCACCUUCGUCAGGAAGAAAACCUCCACCGCGUCCCUGCACGGCCAGGAGAAAAUACAGUUCGUCGAGAGGGCGCCGCGUGGGGACCUCGCAGGGCGCCACUCGCUCGACUCUGAGGGAAAGAAGAAGAGUAGCGCUUAG